GUACCCCUCCUUAUGGUACCACCCUAGUGUUUAUAUUCACCACUACGUUAUCUUUCGUUAAAUACCACAAUACAUGAAUUACGGUUUUAACAUAUUGACGGCGUACGGGACAAACUUAAAUUUCUUACUUGGCAUUGCGAUUAUACCAGUAAAGGCCAACGGACGUGUCCUGCACAGCGAAUUACCAGCCAUCACCCUCAUCAAAAAAGCACAGAUUAGUGUACAGACAGAACCAGCACUACCGGAGUCUACAUCCACAACCAUCAAACCGUUCAAACGAAAAUACUUGCUAAAAGAGCGUACACAAACACCAUCACCAGGAAAUAUACAUAUCCAUUAUCACCCAACAAACUCAUCACCGAAUUACAUCAAACCAAUUUACAAGACAAAAAUGUUAAGCCGGAAAAUUCUACAUGCUUGGUGCUGGUUCAUUAUGCCUGAAACGAAACAUCAUUUUCCACGUUGUAGUCGUAUAUGUGUAUACAUUAUUUAA